AUGGGAUGGCCACGGAGUUCGUCACUGGGCAUAGACAACGCAACCUCCAUGGCACGGAUACGGAGUCGGGGAGAAUCAGAUCUCGAGAAGGAAGGGUUCCUCAACCGACAUCCCCACAGCAGCGAGGACGAUAGCAACGACGCCUUCGAGGACGACGAAGGGAACCCCUCGCUCGCGUCCUCCCGGGCCACCUCCGCCUCCUACAAGCACAUGCUCGUCAAUAGAGCCUACAGUUCCAAUCGAUCCUCUUCUCCGUCCUACCUCGGCAGAAUGCCUCGAUCCAUCAUGCGAUAUCUGUGCCUGGGGGUCGCCCUCACCCUCGUUAUCUUCAUCUUUUCGCUGGUGCGCAUGAGUUACGUCGCGGAACAGGAGGUGCAGGAAGCCAUUGAACAAGAAAAGAUGAAGCCGAGACCUCCCCCGUGGGAAGAAUUUCCAUUCCUGCAAAGAUAUUAUGGCGGAAUACGGUCGUUGGUUCCGGCCCGAAGUAAUGUGCCUGAAUACCCGAGGAAGGAGGACGAGGUGGAAUGGGAGAAAUUGAACAUCACGGAAGAGGUGGUCGAGAACCUGACGCCUGAGGACGGAUCUCCUGCAAAGGAGAGGAGAAAGAGAGCGAUCCAGUCCAGCAAGAGGUUCGACCCAUAUCCCAGCUACACUUCGCCCGAGUACAUUGCCAAGUAUGGCGAAAAGGUGGACUGUUAUCUGGAUACCGAGAACACCGUCGAGAUCCCGCGGGUCCGGAUGUACGAGGGCAUUCCACGAGGGUUUCCAGACAUGGUCAUGGGUUCUGCUAAACUCCUGGGGCUCAGGGACGACAUCUGCUAUGAUCGUUUCGGUCGGUUGGGCCCGUAUGGACUUGGAUACAGCAUCAACCGAGGCGGAAGCGGUGCACAACAGGAAGGCGAAAGAGAAGGAGCUGAUUUGGUGUGGCAGGAAGCGCCCGAGGUGGACUGGAGGAAUGUUCAUUGGGCCGAUGCCCAGCAGCGUUGUGUGCUGGCAAACAACCACCGCUUCAAGGAACUGCCUGAGAAGCCGCGAAUCGACAUGUUUCGAGCAAUGCCGAUUGGUACCGUCUACAACAAGAGAGAUGAGAUCGCUGAAAUUGAGGCCAUGCCAUCCAAGACACCUGAGGCGCCAAAGAGGCCCAAGUCCGGGUCAGAAAAGCUUCCGCGCACAGCAGUCGUGAUUCGCACGUGGUGGGAUUACCCGUACACGCCUGAAGACAAGAUCUACCUUCGUUCCCUAAUUUCGGAACUGACCAUGUUGAGCGGCGGGGAGUAUGUGGUGCAUUUCCUGGUCCAGGUCAAAUCCAACGACGUGCCCAUAUUUUCCGACGACGAAACCUACGAGCGUGUUCUCCGAGACUCGUUGCCAGAAGAAUUCCGAGGCAUGGGCACUCUCUGGACCGAGAAGCAAAUGGAGCUCAUGUACGGUGGUCUGGAGGAGACCAACAUGCGCGGACUGCCCGUCCACGGAGUCUAUCGCAGCACCUUCAUGCCCAUGCAAUACUUCGCCUAUCAACAUCCCGAGUACGAUUUCUUCUGGAAUUGGGAAAUGGAUAUUCGAACCACACAUCACUGGUAUCAUUUCUUCGACAGUAUCACCAAAUGGGCCAAGCAGCAACCUCGCAAACUCCUGUGGGAGAGAAAUAGCCGGUUCUUCGUCCCGUCUGAACAUGGUGAAUGGGAAGACUUUAGCCAGAUGGUUCGCAUCCAGACGGAACAUGGCACGAAUAGCAUCGCCAAUCUGUGGAGCAGCCUGAAUCGCGCAAACAAGAAUCCCAACGACCCGAGCUCCAAGAUCACCCCGGUUGGAGCGAUGAAGCAACAAGGCGACAAGCCGAUCUGGGGUCCAGAACGACCACUCGACGACGAUGUGACCAUGGACACCGACCCAACUCCACCCACCUCUUUUGACAAGGAUAAAUACACGUGGGGUGUCGGCGAGGACGCAGACCUGAUCGUGUUCAACCCGUUGUUCGACCCCGAUGGCACAACAUGGCUACUUACGGACGAUACUACAGGUUACAACAUCACGCGCGGCCGCCCUCCACGCCGGACCGCUAUCAUCACAGCCUCCCGUCUCUCCCGCAAACUAUUGGUGACCAUGCACAAGGAAACCGCCCUGAAGAAACACAGCAUGUUCUCCGAAAUGUGGCCGGCCUCCUGCGCGCUGCACCACGGUCUCAAAGCCGUCUACGUGCCUCACCCGGAAUACAUCGAUCGCAAAUGGCCCACCAACUAUCUGGCCUCGGUCUUUAAUGGCGGCCGCAACGGCGCCACCGGUGGCGCCCGCACGUCGGUCUUUGGCGAGCGCGAACACAAUUUCCGGGGGACGACGUGGUAUUACAACGCGGGGUUUCCCGAGGUGCUCUGGCACCGAUGGCUGGGGAUGCGGUUCAACAACGACGGCGGCGAACAGUUCGAGCUGGCCGGCGAGGGCCGCAUGUGUCUGCCCGGCAUGCUGCUGCACCCGAUUAAGCGGGUCGAGCUGGUCCAGGAAGGGAGGAGGGCCGAUCAAGUUGGAUGA